AUGAUUUAUAUUACAGACCUAUGGCCUCAUUACGGUCCGCCACUCACCUACGUGCCUGUUGUCGCGAUUGAGUCUGUACAUGCUCGACCCGUUGUCAUUCUCGGCGACCUCAAAGAGUCCCUUACAGAUGACCUCCUCUCCGAUUUCCCCGGUCGUUUUGGAACCUGCGUCCCAUAAAGGGUAUCCAUCGAGUUUAAGGAAGUUUGCACCUAUGAGAUUGUUGAAGACCGUGAAAUGUUCAUUCAUAAAACGUUGCAUGCUGCUUAGAAAGUAUACAAUAAUAUCCAUCUCAGUUGCAAAAUUGUAA